AUGGUCCCUGCACAGAUUGUGACAUAUGAUGUUCCUGGUCCAGAAGGCGAAGAGUCUGUGAUUCGGCUGACCAAGGGAGGCUGUAAGCACAGAUGCAGCAGGGACAGCAAGGCGCACCUGCAGGAUCCCAGGUGGCAGAACGCCGGCCGCGACGUCUUGGACCUGAAAGGAAUGCUCACGGAGACAUUGAUCGAUGUCAUGGAUUAUUUGGAUGGUGACUCUGCCAGAUUUGGCCGGGCAUCAGAUGCCUCAUCCCAGGCCGCAUCUUCCACCAGGAAUGACAGCGAGGAGCGCUGCUACCUUGAGGCACUGCUACUUUGCUUCUUCGCCAGUCAGAACCGAUCCCUUAUAGCCACAAGGUUCCUAGUGGAGACACUGCUAGAGAUGCACCUGGAGGGCUUCAGCCUGGCAGACACAGAGGUGAUGUUGUCAAUGGCGCGGCUGGAGUCAGGGGGCGUUCUCUUGGAAGCACUGGAGCAGGAAAUCCUGCUCUCAUGGUGUGCCAUGGUCAUGCUCACCCUCGAGACUGUCGGCCUGCCGCGCCGGCCGGCUGCGGAGGAGAGGAGGGGACGCCGCGAAAGGGAGCAGAAGGGGCGCAUGGAGUUGGGCAUGCAGGGGUUUGUUGCGCAGACCAUUGACAUGUACCGGCGGGGCUUUGACGCCAGGCGCAUGCUGCUGCAGGUGCUGAGAGAAUGUGGCCUGGCAACGGGCAUGCUCCUGAGCCCCUCUGUCCUCACAGCGGCUGCAGGAGAGGAGUCCUCAAUGGACUCCGACGACGAGGCCAGCACAGACAGAACAGCUGGAGAUACUAGUGACGAGGCAGCUUCAACCAGCAGGGCAGCUAGCAGCAGUGGAAACAGCAAAGGAGCUUCACCAGAGGAUGCAUUGCCUGCAAGUCAGGCUGUGCCAGACCCUGUGCCGCCGCUUGAAUACAUCUUUGACUUCCUGCCGGAUCGGCGGAAGGCGCAGGUUCUUGCAGAUGCCAACACACCAGAUGGCAAGCUCCGUGCGCGGUCGGCAGCGCUGCACCUGUUGAUGGCCUUUGUUGGCGCGCACCUCCAGUCCCUUCACGCUGUGCAGGCCUUUGUCCAGAAGGCGUUCAGGCAGGGCUAUACGGUGCAGGAGCUGUAUGACCAGAUAGCGCCAGAGGAGGUGGUGCAUGGCGCCAGCGGGGCGCUGCCUGUGGCGGCAGAGAAUGCAGCCAACUCACACCGCGCCAACAAGCAGCUGUUCGGCCAGUGGAUCAGCAUCGUCUACAUGACCUUCGCGCAGCUUGGAGUGGCGCGCGAAGGCAGCAUGGCCCACCAGGAUGGUUGGGCGUGGAUUGGAACUCCAGAGGGGUCCGAAGAAGGGGUCAUCGAGGCGUACAGACUCUCAGACCUUGUGCAGAACACUCUCCGCAUCCAGGGCGAUGCAGAGAGGAAGGGAGACAAGGGCCCAGAGCAGAGCAGGUCUGCAGCAGAGGCCGCUUUCGUGGAGCACUUCGGCUCGGACGAGGUUUCGCAGAUUGUGCAGAAACAGGUGGAGCAGGGGAUAUCGGUGGUUGUGGUGGAGGACCCGUCUCUGAGGGCGUCCUCUCCCACGCUGACCAUGCUGAGUCACUUCACCGGCUUAGUGAAGCUGGGGCGCGAUCUGGUCAGCAGAGAGAGGGAACAGCAACAAGAACCGCUUAACACAGUGCAGUGA